AUGCUGCUGCUGUACCCGCUGCUCUUCCUGCCUCUGCUGACGGCCACGGAGACCACACGGCCCACCGUGAUGCAGGAUGUACGGAGGCUGCAGCCGGAUGACACCAGGAGCCCCGCGGAGUGGAUCGGUGACGGGAUCCUGAACGUCGUCGACACUGUCCUCCCUGCAUCGUCCUCCGUGGAAGCUCGCAAGAAGAAGAAGCUGAAGUUGAACAAAUACCUGAUACCUUUGAUCGUCGGUUUCAUGCUGAUCAAGUCGAUCCUUCUGCCCAUCGCGCUGAAAACCCUAGCCAUUCUGAGUGGCAAGGCAGUGGUUCUCAGUUUGAUGAGUCUGAUCUUGGCAGCCAUAGUCGGGCUCAAGAAGGUCGCCCAAAGUCACUCAGCGGGCGGCUACGACGUCGUGAACGUACCCUUGAGUAAAUACAGGAGGCAGGACCUGUUCGAAAUGGCGGACGAAACGGCGGAAUCCGAACCUUAUAAAUAUUAUAGAGAUCGACAUAAAAGGAAGUAA